UGUGAGUCUGAAGUAAAGAUGGCAGCGAUGAAGUUGAUACUAGUUUUAUGCUUUCUCUUUGGCCUCUUCUCCGUUUCAUCAGCGAUACGUCAAUAUGAAGUGCGGUUUAAAGCUAUGACAUCGAGUCCCUAUCCACAUGACGGCCGUCCAGAAGUGUACAUCGAUGGCGCAUGGGGGACCAUUUGUGCUUCUGACUGGGAUAUGAACGAUGCUGAGGUGGUCUGCCGGGAGUUAAACAAAGGCUACGCCAACAGUAUCACGGUCAGCGGUACACUUCCUGCUGUAACCGGCGAUGUCGGUAACGAGUGCUUGCAUAGGGUAAAGUGUUACGGCCAUGAAAGUCUGCUCUCAGAAUGCGAAGUACUAGAUAAGACAACGCGAUCAGGUACAAAUGACAAGGGCAUAGUCUGCUAUCCUCCCUCAAGUGAUGCAGGUUUGCGACUCAAUUACGGACCUGAUAAGUAUUCAGGCUGGGUAGAGGUCAAGCUGUCAAGUGGCAGUUGGAGUAAAUUGUAUGGCAGUUUUUAGUAUGAUUGGUAUUGUUUUUGAAGCCGGAGAGCAUCUGUCGUCAGCUUGGAUUCGGGGAGCUCAACUGGUGGGAUGUAAAUACAUAUAGCAGAACGUACAGUAUGACUAGAGUAUCGAGUUGUGCUUACGGGAUUGCGGACCAAGGAAGCUAUACGUGAUUUUUAAAAAAAACAUUAUACAUUUGGUUAGGUUCUGUUUGGUUCAAUGAUUUGUGUUAUCUGAAUGCUUAAAAGCAUGUGUAUGCUUUUUAGUAAGAAACCAGGCUACCAACGGCUUUAAGUACUAUCCGAGGGACUUGGUAAUGAGGAUUAAUGCCUUACAAAAGGGCACUAGAGAAUCGUCUUG